CGAUGAUAGCAACAAUUACUUUAAGUGAUUUUCGAAGUGUCAAAGUCAAGAGUUUUAUGUAAAAAACUCCUUGAAUUUAAACCAGCAAAAAGAGCUGCUGAUAGUUUUGGAUCACAGACUACUUUGAGUUUGAUAUUGUUUAAUAUUCUGUUUGAUGAAAAUUACCGUGAAUUUCCUAAAUUGAUUUAUUAUUAUAGCAAACAUAUCUGCUGUCUACUGUCAAGUACUUUUACAUAGCACAAAAAAUUACAAAAUCUUUCUCAUUCUAAUAAAAAUGUUGGGACGUUGCCUUUAUCGUCAAAUGUUUGCAUCUUAUAAAUUAAUUACACUGACUGCCAAUCAUAAUAUACUUUCGUACUCGUACAAAGCAUCUGUAAUACGUGUCAAUGGUUCUCUUAAUAAAUUAGAUUUAUGCCUUCAUCGCUCAUAUUCAGAAAAAUCUAAAAUUGAAGAUGUGACUGUAGAUUUUGAACAUGUUAAAAAGGCAACUUCUAAUGAUAAUGUUUAUAUUAUUGAUGUCAGGGAACCUGAUGAAGUCAAAGAGUAUGGAAGCAUUCCUAACAGUGUGAAUAUACCCUUAGGAAGUGUGACUCCUGCAUUAAGCACUAUGUCUGAUGAUGAAUUUGCAAAAGUAUUCAAAAGGCAGAAACCCUCUGAGAACACAGAAAUCAUUUUUUAUUGUAUGAUUGGCAAGAGGUCCGGUAUGGCUCAGCAAAAUGCUAUUAACUUGGGAUAUAAAAAUGUCAAGAAUUAUCUCGGAAGUUGGACAGAUUGGGCUCACAAAACACAAUAAAUGGUUCUAAAUCUGUCAUAAUGUAAAAAACAUUGGUGUUAAAAUAAAAUUAUAAUUGUAUAUUAUGUAUAGACAGAUAUAUAUCUAUCUCCCUGUAAUAAUGUGGUAAAUAAAUGUAUAAUCAAUGUUAAAACAACUUAGGUUUUAAUCAAUAAAAGAUCA